AUGCGACGAAAUGAAAGACCACAUUACAACAAUUAUCAAAAUCAACAUCCCCAUUAUCCACCACAAACAUAUCAGGCGCAAGAUUCACAUUCAGUAAUUUUAGUUACAGCAGGUUAUGACCAUACUAUACGCUUUUGGGAAGCGUUGAGUGGUAUUUGUUCGAGAACUAUUCAACACCCAGAUUCGCAAGUCAAUAGAUUAUGUAUUUCUCCAGAUAAAAGAUAUCUCGCGGCAGCAGGAAAUCAACAUAUUCGAUUAUAUGAUAUUAAUAGUCCCAAUCCUAAUCCGGUAACAUCCUUUGAUGGUCAUACUGGAAAUGUAACAGCGGUUGGAUUCCAUUGUGAAGGGAAAUGGAUGGUUACAGGUAGUGAAGAUGGAACACUUAAAAUUUGGGAUACAAGAGCACCAUCAAUACAAAGAAAUUAUGAUCAUAAAGCUCAUGUUAAUGAUGUAGCUAUACACCCCAAUCAAGGAGAAUUAAUUUCAUGUGAUCAGAAAGGAAGUAUUAAGAUUUGGGAUUUGGGAGAAAAUUCCUGUACUCAUGAAUUAGUUCCAGAAGAGGAUGUACCUUUACGAUCUGUAACAGUUGCUAUUGAUGGAUCGAUGCUCGUGGCUGCAAAUAAUAAAGGUAAUUGUUAUGUAUGGAAAAUGUCUAAUACUACUGAUUUACAACCAAUCACAACAUUUUCGGCACAUAAUCGAUAUAUAACUCGAUGUUUAUUAAGUCCGGAUGUUAAACAUUUGGCAACAUGUUCAGCAGAUACCACAGUUAAAAUAUGGUCAACUUCAAAUCAUGAAUUUAAAUUAGAUAAAGAACUUAAAGGGCAUCAACGAUGGGUAUGGGAUUGUGCAUUUUCAGCUGAUUCGGCUUAUUUGGUCACUGAUCAUGUUGCCAGAUUAUGGGAAUUGCAACAGGGUGAAACUAUAAGACAAUAUAAUGGACAUCAUAAAGCUGCAGUUUGUGUAGCAUUAAAUGAUUUAUCUAUAGGAAAUUGA